AAUAAGUUAACAUGGGAAAUACUUCUGAUCGCCCAAACAAUUCUGAAGACCUCUCCUUCGAUGGAUCAAUGGAAGAUGGACUUCCCAGAAGGUACACGUUCACUACACAAGUCAAGCCAUCAGAUGCCCUCUAUCCAGACCAAGACCAGGCUGGUGAAGCCUCCCUUGUCUCCCCUAUCUACGAGGAAGAGCCUGACCAGCAAGAAAUCGAAAUAGUUCCUCCCAAGAAGAAAUCAAAGAGAAUCAAGAAGGUAGAAGACUACUUCCAGUGGGACAGCCUCAAGCUAAAAGAGAAGGACAUGUACUAUGACUUUGUGAAGACAGCUAAGAGAGCAUGGGCCGAUAUGGCCUAUGAGGAUGCCCAGGUUCAGAAGACAGUACUUGAUAAGAUCGCGCUCCUUAGGUUCUGCAUUGCUAGGAAUUUCCACCCAAAGAAGGUCCUUGAUCUAUGGACCAAGUGGGUAAACUGGAGAGUCAUGUACCAACCUCAUAAGAUUAGAAAGAGGGAUAUCAAGCAUACAGCUUUUAGGAAGUGUUUGUAUGUCUCGAGGAAAAAUAAACUUGGGUGCCCUUGUGCAGUAAUUUCUCCUGGAGCGACGAAUGAAGUAUACGAUAUUGAGGAUGUCCAGAAAGUCGUAGCUUAUGUACUGGAGAAAGUCUCUAAAAAGGCUGACAAAAAUGGAACUACUCAAUUCUGUGUAAUCUUUGAUAGGACAAAUAUGAAAAACAAGACAGAAAAGAAGUGGAUUCCAAUUUAUAAAGAAAUGAGUCAUGCAGUGCAACAAUAUUUCCCCGAAAGGCUACACCAAGCAUAUAUACUAAAACUAAACUGGAUUGGAAGAGUUAUAUACCAUCUCUGAAAGCCGUUUAUCCCUAAAAAGACCAGACAGAAGUUGAUCAUCCUCAAGAACGAAGAGAGGCUAAUGGAGUAUUUCGAUGAGCCGUACGUGAACCCCGCCUUUGCAGAACAAGGGGAAGAUGGUCAGUCAUAAUCAGGGGAAAUUCUAUAUUUCUACCUUAUUUUCGGCUUAUAUUACAUAGCUUCA